AUGGCGAGAACCCAGCAAAACAACAGAACGAAAGCCGUGCCUGAACGAGCAAGUAAGAAACGUCAAUCGACCAUCAUCCCAGGGCUCUCAACAAUGAGCAAAACCGUCACAGCAGGACAAGCGCCGCUGCGUGCAAAAUCCGCACGUAACACAAGGAUCACAUCGAUUCCGCAGCGGGAGAACCCAAUACGUAUAGGCUCACCUCCCGACCCAAGUGACGACUUGAUCACAAUAACGACACCCUCCUUCGAGCGCCACGGCGCAUUCGAACUCUCACGACAGCUGCUCCGCGACAGAUCGCCUCUCGUCGACGCCAAAUGUCUCGAAAUCACUUCUCAACACCUUGACAGAUUAGCAGCCUCAGCAGCGCCAGUGAGCGGAGCAAGACCCCGGAGAGGCCGUCCUCCAGCCCAUCAAAUUCAACAAAGCGACAUUCCACGUCCUGACUAUAUUCUGGAUUUCCCUGACGUAAAAUACUAUAUUUUCGCAAGCUACGUUCAUCUCCUAACGACCGAUACCAUCGAACUCGAUUUUCCGUUUGCUCCAUUGAAGAGCGUCGAUGAGGCUUGGAAGAGGCUUGUGAAGCUUUAUCUGCUUUGCGAGAAGCUUGAGGAUGAGGUUUCGAUGGGGAUGGUAAGUGAUGCGGCGAGGGAACAUCUCGAGGUUGAGUUCCCGAGUGAGGGUGGAGUGAGGCUCGCAUAUAACUGGACGACGGGGAAUGAAAGUGUUUUGAGGAGAUUGUUAGUUGAUCAGGUCUUGGAGAACUGGAGCGAUGGGGAGGUGACGGAGUUGGUGCUGGAGGAAACUGGCUCCGGGUGGAGACAUCUGAAGGAGGAUGUGGUGAGGCGGUUGGUGGAGGGGAGGAGUAUCAGCCGGAGUGCUCCAAAGAGAGACGAGCGAGCGUGA